GGGGUUGUUCAACGUUCCCUCGUUCACUUGCUCUAUGACUCAUUCACCCACCCUCAACGCCCACCACAUUGUGAUUAGAGUGAAUUUUAUUAUCUUAUCAGUGAUAGCUCUUGAUACUAACUACAAAUUGGAUUAAUCGAGGAUUUUGAUUUGGUGAAAAGUAGUACCGUAACAAAUACGGUUGUUUAAAUAUAAGCAGAAAAUUUCCUAGAUUAGCCGUUAUUUCCGCUUUGAUUCUUGUCAGCCAAAUCAUGGUGGAUUCCUUGCCGAAUACUACAUGUGAGGGGGAGGUCUAUAUUGAUCCGUCUGUGUACAAAUUUGAACACAAAGAAAAUCAUGAUCGCAUCUUCAUAGUGGGCAAAAACAUUGAUAAAAUUGAGAAGAUCAGUGCAGUAUCCUCCGACCUUGCAGCUCAUAGCUCUGUGUUUAGGAAGAUACUGAAAGAUACCGAUAUCGGUGAGGUUUGGAUUUCUGAUCUUAGCCCUGAUGAGUUCAAGCUGAUAUUGACAUAUGUGUACGGUGGACAGCUACCGAUUCUGCAUCACCUCACAGCAGCACGAUUGGCUAUAGCUGCAAAUCGGUACAACAUACGUCCUCUGGUGACUAAAAUCUGUAAACUGAUAGUUCCAAUGUCAGUACCAGAUGUGUUUGCAGCUCUGGUUUGUGUAGCUAAUAUGGACUGUCCACAGUUGAAGCCUCACGUCAACAAGAUUAUUCAGGAGAAGACACGAACAGUGCUGAGAUCAGAGCAGUUUCUAAAUCUAGAUGCCAAGUGUCUGGAGUACAUCAGCAGACAAGACAGAUUGUCUGUCACAGAACUGGAGUUGUGGAGAGCCCUCGUCCGCUGGGUGGAACAUAAAGCCAUUGCUGAAUCUUUUGAAACUUCAGUACAACAGUUACAGACAACUCUCCAGUAUGUGAGGCUGGCCACUCUCCGUUUAGAGGAUAUUGUUGAGGAGGUUAUCCCUACCAAAAUCCUCACUGAAGAUCAAAUUAAGGAGUUGACAUUAGCUGUCUUCAGUAACGAGCCGAUCAAGUUGUCUGGACUCUGCAACAACCGGGAAGUGAGAGAGUUGUAUGCUUCCUUUCAAGAUGAGGAUUUAAGCGAAUUACAACAUGAUGCUGUUUUUGGAAGACAGAAACAUUACAAUUCUCAUGUAUUUAGUUCCUUAUUCAGAACUAAAUUAAGAGAAGAAGAUGAGUACAAGAUAAUAUCCAAUCUAACACUAGAAACAUUUUCAGACAUACUGAUUGAUUCCUUCACGGUACAGACCAAGUCGAUUAUGAAGCUAGGAAACCAGCCGCUCUACACACUCAGUUGCAAAGUAACUGUUAGAAAGAUACAGGUUUCAGAAUUUUUAGAUUCAUGUGAAGAAACCCACACUGUUCAGAUCGAAGGCACAGUGCUUGGUAGUAAGGAAAUGACUUUCCCUUUAAAGCUGAGUGACGGACAAUCUCUGAUCCUGGAGAAUAAAAGCAAAUAUGUUUUCACCUUGGAGUUUGACUCUCCACAUCCUGUAUACAGAGUGAUCAGCUUAGAUGAUGACAGUGAUGUUACUUUCGUGAGUGAAGGACAUUAUGAAGGCAUUAUAAUCACACACAACACACCACUACAUGUUAAACAUAUUUCUUACAAAUUGUAAGCUCAUAAGAUAUAUUUUCUUGUUUAAAUAUUUGUAAUGUAAUAAUUUCAGGGUUCUUAUUUUUUCCUUUCCAACAUUAAUAUUUUUAUAUUGAGAUUUUUAUAUUUUUGGGUUGCUCAACUGUUUGGUGUAAAGCAAUCACCAAAUAACCAAUUUUUCACAUAGAAAACUUAGAUAGCAUAUACUCAACUCUAUGCUUUAUAUAUCCAUGUUUAUAAAAAUUCUUUCAUAAGCCAGUCUCAUGACUAUUCACAGAAAUGCCAAAAUCAAGUCCAAUCUUUUACUUUUUUAAAAACCCGACUUUGAUUAAUGCUUUAGCGAACAAGUAACAUGUUUUCGGAAAGACGAAUGGGCAGAAGUUGGACAUAUUUUCCCUCAACUGAAGGUUUUUAUCAUGCCUCAACUCUUGACAUAACCCCUGGUGUGGUAUAUACCAUGUUCCAUGUGUUUGUGUAUUCAUAUGUUGCUUCUUAGAUAGCCUCUGUAGUGUAAGGAUAAAGACAAGGCUGAUUAUUACAUUAUGAUUGAUUACAUUUUAACCUUACUCCUCCUCAUUAUAAUAUUGUUUCACUCAUUCUAUCAAUACUGUGCUAAAAUUUGUAUUUAAAUCAUGAACAUGUAGAAAUUGCAGUACUGUGCUGCUGCUGUUAGUACCUUGCCAUUACAAUGCUAUUUAAUGUAUUAUUACAUGUAUCUAUGAUACAUUGUUUUAUUUGUAUUUGAACCAUGUAUAAUUCCACUAACAUUGAUUUAUGUAUUAGUCAUGGUGAAUUUUAUUUGAUGUAAUUUAUUUUAUUGUAGUUAAUUAGCUUUAGAGCAUCACUUAUAUAUUCCUUGUUUACCUUUUAUUAUGUAUUUUAAUCUUCAUUAUGUAAAAUUUUAACUGUUAACACAAUUUUUAUGGGCGUAACCUAAUUUUUGUUUUGCAUUGCCCUAAGCAUCUAAUAAUAAAUUAAUACAAUUUUA